UUCAUUUAAAAAUUGAAAAAAACACUGUUCAUGAAAUUCUAGCGUUACGUCCUGCUGGCUCCCUGUACCAGUCUUAUUUGACAUGAAGUAUUUCAAACAUCCGCUUAUUGCAGAUCAUUACCCCUUGAAGAUAACCGUGCUUUGCUCGCUUUUUAUUGCCUCAUAAAUGAGAUAGGGACAGACAAUUUUCAAGUCACUAGUAAGUGUUCCAUCAAACGGCACCAAUGAUGGCACCAAUCUCAAUCAAUACGGCCUCUAUGUUGCUGUCUCAAAUGUCUUGUUUUCACAUAACAAAAUCCCAAAAGCAACUAUGGUAUGUCACUGUCAUAAAUCAAAUCAUGUAAACUGUUGGAGCUAGCUGAAAGCAGUCUAAUCUGGUGGCUCCACUUUCUCUUCACAAAACAUUUUCUUUCCUAGUUAAAGCAAUCCAUUAUGUUGAAAUGUGCAAAUAUACUUGACUUCUGCUCUAGACACAAUGGAGUGUUUGGUAGUUGUUUACUUUUCCAAGACAGCAUUGUACAAAGUUUAAUAAACUCAAAGUUAACAAGGCUUGCGCAACUAUGUGUUUCAUGUCCUGGUGCUUUUAAUGGACAGUGCAAACAGCUUGGUUCUCAAGUGUACAGGUUUGUGCCUGUCUUUGUGACAGUGGAAGAAUACAAUGCAAUUGUUGCUAAACAGAGGAGAAAAUAUGGUGAUAUUGAAUGGGAACCACAUACCUGGGUUGGAUAUCGUGCAAGCUCAGGAAGUGAUUCUCCAAAAGAUAUGCCAGCCGAACAGACUGCUGAAUCAAAGGCCCAGACAACUGAUAGUCAAGAAAUGUUGGCAUGUUCAAAUACCAAAGAACUUUCAUUGCUUGUUUUUAAUGAAGAAAAAACAACACUGCUUAUUCUCAUGGACGAGUUUUCUGAUCAAUACAGCUUGAACCUGACAAAGGAAAUGGUGGAUGAAUGCUUACGUGAUUUAAAAUGUAUAGCUCAGGAACUCGAUCCCGAACUUCGGGGAGAACAAAAGGAAAGACUUGUUGUGGCUAGUUCGUCCAUGUCUGGAAAACUGCAGGCCAAUUUUGUGGAUGACCACAUGGGAAAUGAAGACAAGGCUCUAGUUUCUGCUUGUCAGGAUGAUUUCAAUAUAAAUGAUACUUUUGAGGAAAUGACGUUGACUGACACUAAAGGAGUCCUCAGGUUUGAAAAAAGCUUUUACUGUUCUAAAUUUUCAUUGGAUAAGGGGAUGAACGGAGGAGAGUAAAUGGGAUCUAUUCAUUCCUUUCACCCAGCUGCUGCAGUUUUAUAGAAGAACAAUCUUGUUUACUGCCUAUUUUAUUACAAAAUCAAAAGUGCAAUAAAUGAAUGAAUGUAUGUAUUACUU